AUGGCGAUUGAAUCAGUAAUAAAGGCCCACAAAACAACGAAAAGCACAGGAUCUGAUAGCUUCACUGAAGAAUUAUAUCAGACAAUUAAAGAAAAAAUUGAUGUGAACUCCUCUCAGAGGAGGAGCCAAGAUGGUGGAAUAGUGAAGGUGCACACCGAUAGCUUUCUCAAUAGGCACAAUGGAGAGUUCGGUCAAGGUACUGGAUCCUCAGACGGCGGUGGCUACUUCCUUGGAGCACCUCACACUCAGGCCACCAUGACCAUUGCAGUCCAGAUGCAGCACUCGGGGCAGAGCUUCUCUCUGUGGAAGGUUCGCCUGAUAAAGAGGUACACCUUCCGCGCCCUUGAGGUACAGACCAUGGGAGCCCUGAGCAGUCGGUUUCUGAGGCGCCAGGGAGUUCGUGCUCCAGAGGAACCGGGUGCCGCUAGGGAACAGGAGGCGGCGUCUGGGGAGGCGGAAGUGGUAGUGGAGAGAGAGGAAGGGCGUGAAGAGAACAGACCCACUACCAGUCAUGGCGGCCGCAAGCGGAGGGCCAGUCCUGGCGGGCCACUGACAAAAACCCUGCCUGGGAAGCGUGCCAAAGACAAAUCCUUGUCCGUUUAUGAGGCACUCUUCCUGAGGGGUGAAGACAGUGACGUACAGAUCCGGGCAUUGGGGGAGGAAUGGAACUUGCACAGAGUCUACCUUUGCCAGUCAGGGUACUUUGGGAGCAUGUUCAGUGGUGCCUGGCGGGAGACAAACAUGGAUACGAUAGAGCUACAGAUGCCUGACGAGAACAUUGAUAGUGAAGCCCUGCAUGAGGCCUUGGGCUCUUUAUAUCGCAAUGUAGUUACCAUCCCUCCCAGCCGAGUUGUCGCCAUGCUGGCCACGGCCAGCAUGCUGCAGCUGGAUGAGCUAAUUCAGCAGUGUGAGGAGGUCAUGAAGGAGAGGGUGAGUGCCCAGACCGUGUGCAGCUACUUAUAUGCUGCGGACAGCUAUGGGCUCCAGAUCAUCAGGGCCAUGUGCUUCCAGUGGCUGCUGGACAACCUGAUGACACAUUGUACGGAGGAGCUACUGCGAGAAAUCAGCCUGGAUCUCAUGAAGGAACUCAUCACCUCCUCAGAGCUCUUGGUGAUGGAAGUGGAAAUGGAUGUGUACAUCACACUGAAAAAGUGGAUGUUUCUGCAUCUGCAGCCCACAUGGAAAGGCUCCCGAAAAGCACUGCUGCCUGACGCGGACUCGUGCUUUGCCAGGUACAAGAGGGAGGCAGAAGGCGUCCCUUUCCUGGAAAGCGAGCAGGGUAGAGCCUUUGUGCCAGCAUUCCAGCAGCUGCGGCUCGCCUACAUAAUUUGUGACCUGCCUGCUGCUCGUGUCAUCGACCAGGAUGCUCUGAUCCCUGCCUCGUGGUUAACCCCGGUGUACAAAGAGCAAUGGCUUGCACUCCUCCGGGCUGAACAGACAAGGGAUCUGGGACGCACAGAUAUCUAUGUGUCAGACCUCCAGGGGAACAGCAUGCGGUGUGGGGGACAGCUUCUCAAGGAUGAGCAGCAUAGCUGGAGGUGGGCUGGCUUCAAUUUUGGCUGGGACCUGGUGGUGUGCUAUGCCAACAGGCGCAUCAUUUUGCGGCGCAGUGCACUGAAUAAGUCCUGUGGCCUUGGUAUCAGCUUACUCUGGCAGAGAAAAGUUGCAUUCCGCCUCCGCCUGGCCUCCUUGGACAGAGCUGGCAGAGCCACUUUCAGGAAAGACACAGGAUUCCAGAUGCUUUCCCUUGGAAAGGAUGAAGAGCUAGAGGCCUAUGGCAUUGGUAUCAUGGCUGGAGUUCUAGCAGCUGCAACAAACCAUGGAGAGACCCUGAGACUUGAAGUCACGUACCUUCAGAAUGACUGGCGCCUGAGUCCCUUGUGA